GCCGCGCUCGUUCUCCCGGAAGAGCCCAGGUUCGAUUGUAGACACGGCGCAGCGGAGACCUCGGAUUGAUUGUGCUCAUUUUCGUUAAUCAACUCUGCUACAAACGGACUCUCCCUGGGGUCACACCCGUGUAAUUUUGUCGUGUUAAAGGAUAAGUUAAAAAAAUGUCGGUCGUUCAGCCCAGUCGCUCAAGCACCGGCUGGCCGCGCCGCGGUGGAGAGCAGUUUGCGAACAAAUACAUCAGCGGGCCCGCUAAACCCCUGACUCUGGAGAGAACCAUCAACCUAUACCCUCUCACUAACUACACGUUUGGGACCAAAGAACCUUUGUACGAGAAGGAUGGGUCGGUGGCCGCCCGGUUCCAGAGGAUGCGAGAAGAGUUCGACAAGAUGGGAAUGCGCAGGACAGUGGAGGGUGUUCUCAUCGUUCAUGAACACAGGCUUCCUCAUGUGUUGCUACUGCAGCUGGGGACAACUUUCUUCAAGCUACCGGGUGGGGAGCUGAAUCCUGGGGAGGAUGAGGUGGAGGGCCUGAAACGCCUGAUGACGGAGAUUCUCGGGCGACAGGAUGGGGUGAAGCAAGACUGGGUGAUUGAUGACUGUAUUGGCAACUGGUGGCGCCCCAAUUUUGAGCCUCCACAGUACCCUUACAUUCCAGCUCACAUCACCAAACCUAAAGAGCAUAAAAAGCUGUUCCUGGUUCAGCUGCAGGAAAAAGCUCUGUUUGCCGUUCCUAAAAACUAUAAACUGGUGGCGGCACCACUGUUUGAGCUGUAUGACAACGCUCCCGGGUACGGACCCAUCAUCUCCAGUCUACCACAGUUGUUGAGCAGGUUCAACUUCAUCUACAACUAAGUUGGGGGGGGGAACGGAAGUGUCUGUCUCUGUGAGUGCAGCCAAAAUACUGUCAUGAAAAAGAUUUCCACCUCUGUCUCAGCUUUUACAAAAAAAAAGACCCUUGUCAUGUCAGGUAGAAUAAAGGUCCACAGGGGUGUUCAUACUUUUGUUAGAAGAAAAGUGAAAAUGUAAACUCUGACGUUUCUUUCUGUUUGUGGUUUGUUUUUUGUUUUUUUUUUAAUUAGACUGCAACUUUUUAUAGUAUGCAGAUGUCUUUUCCCAGUGUGAAUCGGAUUUUAUGUUCACUUAAGGAAUGCUGAUGUUUGAUUAAAAAACUGCGACAUUGCAUUUCAUGUUGUUUUAACUUGUAACAAUGCUGUUCUUUUUAAUAAAGCCUUCUUUUGUGUGUUUUUAUACAAGAGCUGGUC